AUGGAGGAUUGGAGAAGAAUAGACAUUGAUGCGUUUGAUCCGGACAGUGGACGGCUUGUUCCUGAAGAUUUAACCCCUCCAAAUCUCAAACCCGUGAAUGCUGGCGAAAUUGAAUCCAAAAUCUCACAAUUGCGCUCUGCUGCCACUAGCGGCGACUUUUCAACCGCUCUACAACUGGUGACGAAUGACCCUCCAUACAGUGCGGACGAAACGACAAAAUCGCGGUAUUUCGAGGCGGUUUUGAGCGCUCUUACCCAGGUCCGUCAAGCAGAGAUUGCAAACUUGGUCAAACAAUUAUCACCUGCACAAACAGACGUGCUUAUAAAGUAUUUGUACAAGGGCAUGAGCGUACCAGAAGGACAGAAACAAGGUGGUAUUCUGCUCUCGUGGUUCGAAAAGGUAACUCAGGAUACAGGUGUAGCCCCGGUCGUACGGUACUUAUCUGAUAGAAGGACCGUUUGA